ACUCGCAGGCGGGUGGCGGUGUCCGUGCUCGCUGGUGAGGGCGGGAGGGAGUGACUCACUGAGCGUGUGUGAGGGAGGGAAGGAGCGGGCGAGCGAGCAGCCCGCGCCGUCCUUCCGCAGCGCCAGCCAGGCCACGCCGCCGCCGCCUCCCCUCCGCCCCGCGCCCAGGCCGGGCCGAGCCGAGCCGGGUCGGGCCCGGGCCAUGCUGCUCACCGUGUACUGUGUGCGGAGGGACCUCUCCGAGGUGACCUUUUCCCUCCAGGUCGACGCCGACUUCGAGCUGCACAACUUCCGCGCGCUGUGCGAGCUCGAGUCCGGCAUCCCUGCAGCUGAGAGCCAGAUUGUUUAUGCUGAAAGGCCUCUCACAGACAACCACAGAUCCCUGGCUUCUUACGGUUUGAAAGAUGGAGAUGUUGUGAUUUUACGACAGAAGGAGAAUGCAGACCCUCGACCUCCAGUGCAGUUCUCAAACUUACCCCGAAUAGAUUUCAGUAGUAUAGCUGUGCCUGGCACGUCAAGCCCCCGGCAGCGCCAGCCACCAGCAGCACAGCAGUCCCACUCAUCUCCUGGAGAAAUAGCUUCAUCUCCUCAGGGUUUGGACAAUCCGGCCUUGCUCCGAGACAUGUUGUUAUCCAACCCACAUGAGCUGUCCUUGCUGAAGGAACGCAAUCCACCCCUGGCUGAAGCUCUGCUCAGUGGAGACCUUGAGAAAUUUACCAGAGUCCUGGUGGAGCAGCAGCAGGACCGAGCCCGGAGAGAGCAAGAAAGGAUUCGUCUCUUUUCUGCUGACCCCUUUGACCUUGAAGCUCAGGCAAAGAUAGAAGAAGAUAUAAGGCAACAAAACAUCGAGGAAAACAUGACGAUAGCUAUGGAAGAGGCUCCAGAAAGUUUUGGCCAAGUAGUGAUGCUUUAUAUAAACUGCAAAGUGAAUGGACAUCCUGUGAAAGCCUUUGUUGACUCAGGUGCCCAGAUGACUAUUAUGAGCCAAGCUUGUGCAGAAAGGUGUAAUAUAAUGAGACUGGUGGACCGUCGGUGGGCAGGAAUUGCCAAAGGAGUGGGCACCCAGAAGAUUAUUGGAAGAGUACAUCUAGAAAAUAAACCUCUAGUCUGCUGCUGGGGUGAAGGGUCACCUGGCUGAGCAGAGUGCAGGAGGGGACGCCCCAAGGUCUAACUGUGCCUAUACAGAC